AUGGUUACGAUGUCCGGACCGGAAGAUCCGGACCGCAAAGUGGUCUUGGAGUUUUGUCACCUGCUGGAGAAGUCUAAGCAACUGUUUAAUGGACUCAGAGAUCUUCCUCAGUAUGGUCACAGACAAUGGCAGGCCUACUUCGGACGAACGUUCGACGUCUACACAAGAUUAUGGAAAUUCCAACAGCAACAUCGACCGAUUCUGGAUCGGAAGUACGGACUCAAAAGAUGGCAAAUUGGAGAGAUAGCCAGCAAAAUUGGACAACUGUAUUAUCACUACUAUUUAAGGACUAGUGAAACAAGUUACCUAAACGAAGCCUAUUCGUUCUAUGCAGCCAUAAGGGGGCGCGCCUAUUAUUCAAGGGCUCUCAAAGAAGAUAGGUCUGAUUUAAUGGUGAAAAAAUUAAGAUAUUAUGCAAGAUUCAUCAUGGUGUGUCUUUUGCUAAAGAAAAUGAAACUGGCGAGGGAACUCGUUCAGGAGUUAGACAGACAUAUAGGUGACUACAGUGCAGCCUACGCAGCUGAAGAUAGGCACGAGUGGAUGUUAGUACUGGACGAAGCAAAAUGUUUCCUGAAGGCCGAAGGCCUACUUCAGGUUGUUCAUCCUGAUACAGGACCGGUGAUCCUUUCCCACAGAUUGGGUCCCUUAACGGCGCCUCCGCCUUUACCACAUACAGAGCGCCCUUUAAUGAACCUGACGUUACAAGAGGCGCUUCUAGUCGGAAAUAGAUGUGAUCAGGUAAAAUUUUCUGAAAUAACUGCCGACAUGUACAGAAUGCUUCAAACCUUAGAACGCGAGCCUGGAGGUUAUGCAGAAAAUGGUCACCAUUACUCCUCGCGUUCCCGGAGGCACCAUCAUUCAGGUGGUCCCCCGUCCUACCGUUCGACGUCCCUCAUAGGCGAAAACCCACAUAAGUACUUACUCUAUGCUCCAACUUUGGCACAACUACUCCUAUUCUUAGCAGCAGGCAGCAGAGAGUUGCCCCAAGGGGGCGCGCUUUUACUAUACCUCUCCGCAGACGCCUGCUUUGGAGCAUCAAUUGGUUAUGAAUCUGGUGGCGUCGUGACUUCUACAAAACGUGAUACGCCCCCGCCGUCGCACCAUCAUCGAGCGCCCCCACACUGCCAUACCGAUGACGUCAUGGGGCAUGGUAAGGACCCGCACUGCCUUUACCCAGGGGACCUCUACCCUUUCACGAGGAGACCCAUGUUCCUGGUUGUCGAUUCAGACAAUUCGUUCGCGUUUCAGAACAUACCGAGAUACUUCGGCCAACCACUAGUAGCAUUAUUAUCACCUCAAGACAUUCCUCCUGCAUUUCAAGAUUUACAACGUGACGGGUCCCUCUUCACCCUGUUUCUUCAUUCGCCGCUGCUCGCCCUGUGUCGCUGCUGUCACAUAGUAGAUUUGAGUGCCCACACAUGGGACAGAUGUCGCUCUCAGUACGAUAGGUUUGCGUCCGAGGUGACAAGACUGAUGCUGUCGCACACCGCUUCCUCCAGCGGCGCUGGUGUCGCUGCUGAUAUGCAGCAGGACGGAACGGGAGCAGGAAUCGGGGAGGCGGAGAAAGAAGGUUAUCUGCACUUCUUCGGAGAUGAAUAUCUAAGGACUCUGAUUUUAAGAUUUGUUUUCUGCGACAACGUCUUGAGGCUCCAUCGAGGAUUCAGGAGUCGAAGAUUUCGGCCAAAGUGUAGCCCUCCUCUGCCAAUCCCAGAUCUGCUGGAGCACCCCGCUUUGGGUCAGAUAGUAUUGCAGCUAGCCCAACAAUUGGAUGCCAGGAGUCAUUUCUCGGAAGACGAUUCCGGGGCGGCUACUGGGGCCUCUUUAUCGACACCACCUACAGGCGUCCAAUCUGGCGCCACUGGUGGAGUCUCAUCUUGGGAAAGAGACACUGGUAGGAGGCAACAUGUUGCCAGGAGUGAAAUGAUGCAACAGGAAUGA